GAUUGUGAAACGCCCGUGUUCAGGCUCAUAAUUAACUUAUUACUGCUACUUUCACUAAUCUAAUAAUUGAUCACGAUAAUGACAUUCUGUGAUCUUAAUUCAAGCUUUGAAUGAAUUAGGAAUAUUUGGGUAAAAUGCGCGCACCUGCACCGCGGAGUGAUACGUGUAUACGUACAUCACGUCUACCCAGGUGAGGCAAAACAGGUAAACAUCGGUUUAAUUUGACGUUGUGAAGUUAUUCAAACACCAGUACCACAUUUUUGGAGGGCAGUCUUUAAUGUUCCCUCGAGGGAAGCCUUUGAUUUAUAUUUUCAGUGAUCCCUGCUGCCCGGAACGAGAAAUGAAUACCACGUGUAUGUUACCUGUACGUUUCAAAGGUGGCGGCGCGCCUUUACUUGUCAGUUUCACAGGUUAAUACAGGUAAACUGCACGUGACACUGUGAUAGCUGUGACUCAUAAUGCCAUCAUGUUGGAUGGUUGGGGCUUCAGAAGAAGCGGGAUAUGCCACUCUGGAAAAGAAAAAAGUCACAGAGGGAAAAGAGAAUAUCCAUGGAUACAGGGAAAGAUCAAUAUAUUGAAUAGUGCACUUAUAUGUCUAUCAGCACAUCGUAGGACAUCUUAUAAUCAGGGGGCAAGUGUAGCAGUUACCACCAUAAAAGCCAUUAAAGGUCAUGAUGCGCCUUUGUUCUUUUCCAAGAAAGGACAGAUACAGAACCCGAUAAGUCACGCCAGCAGAACCUGUAAAAACGACAACCCUGAGUACCUUCUGCGUGAGAAGCAUACAAUGAUGGUUGAUGACUUUAAUGUGUGAUGAGUAGCAUUGUCAUAGGUACCUGUACAUAAGCCAGGAUGGAAUAGUGCCUUUCGUAGCAAUAUAAUGGAGCAAGAUCCAGCCCUUAAUGUCAGGUCAUUGGGGUCAAAGGCCGGGAAGCUAGAGGGAGCCGAGGAAGUGCCACAAAGCAGUCAGGUUUUUGCACAGGUUAAAGGAAAAUCAGCUUCACCACAGGCUUCAUUUGAGCAACAGUCAGUGCCCAGAAUUAACAGCGGUUAUUCCUGUGCUCCCAAAAAAGCAUUUCUGGGACGCCAGCAGAGUAUAGGAUCAGUGCAAUCCAAAAGCCCAGGAAUUGGAACGGCAUCUCCAUCAACAGAUCCUAAAGUGAUUGUACAGGAGUAUUCUGACACUGAUGAUCCAGGGUUCACAUCAAUUUCUGAAUCUGACUCCAACUCAAAAAUGGCCAGUAGUGCUCAGCUGGAGACAGCAGCAUCAGUUAAAGAAUUGAAAGUGUUACCGGACAGCAAGAACAAAUUAUUAACAGAGCAAAUAACUUCCAAGGAAGCUGUUGCUGCUAGCUCAGCCUAUCAGUCAGAAAAUAAUGGGAAAACACUCCCACAAGCUAAUAAAGAUCCAAAGUCUGAUGAUAUCAGCAAUUAUGCUGAGAAAAAAUUCAAAAUUCGCCAUUUGAUUGACUGCUUUCUGGAUUCACAGAAUAUUAGACAGCAGCUGCAGCAGGCGAAAGAAGAGUAUUUAGAACAAGGUGGUGCAUCAGCUUACUAUUUGCUGAAAGAUGAUGAUAAUUCUGAGUCCUAUUCUGAUGAUAUUUGUGAGGAUGAUGAAAAUUCACAAGCAGGUAGUGUGUCACUCCCACUGAAAGACACACCUGAUGCCUCACAAAACGUGAAUGUCUCUUCUGAUCAGAUGUGUCACAGUGAUAGCAUCACCAAUUCUUCCCCAAGAACACUGGGUGUUGCAGAUGGAGGAUCUGCCAAUUAUUCUCCAAAGGGUCAGGAUGCAGUAGAUGUUGGACCUGCUCUUCCAGCUGUGCCCUUGACAGAAACCGUCUCAACAAUUCAGUCCAAAAUUGAUGAAUUAGUAGAAAAUGCAAUACAUUCAUCUUACAGAGAAGAGCAAGAUGAUUAUGAACAUAAUCAAACUUCAGUAGCUGGUAAUGGUUCAGUAAUUAGUAAAAUGGACUUCUUGACAAAACCAGACAAUGCCAGUUCAAGUGAAUCUGUGAACAAACAACCACAGAAAGAAAUAAACUUAGAAAAUAACAGAACUUUGAUUAGUUCUCCCAAUGCACAAGGAAACAUUAUAGCUCGUGCUAUUGCAACUGAAAAAUCAAACAGCAGCACCACAGAAUAUCACGAUACUCCAAUGCCUAACAGCAAUCCUUUGCUUGCUUUGGCUGAUAUUGCAAACAGGCAAAGCAGGGCUGGGACUUCCCCUAGUGCUUCUCAGCCUCUUGAGGCAGAAAACCAGUCAAAAAGAGACACUAACACCAACCACUUAAACUACAAACCUCCAGACUACAUGGCUCAUCAGCCAGCACCAAUGCCCCCACCUGCAAUGCACCCAGAGCAGCGGGUCCGGGCACCAAUAUAUCGCCCACCAGUGGAAAUGAGGGUACAAGACUACCGUGGUAACGUGAGUCCAAAGCAAAGUCACCAGCAACUACACCAAAGUGAGCAGCCUCAGUCACAACAGCCGCCUCCCCCUGUCCAGCCCCCAGGGAUGAUUAUGGGUGGUCCCAGGAUCCCCUACCACCCACACGCAGGGUACCCACAAAUGCCCAUGGGCAUGAUGAUGCCAGUUGGGCAGAGACAAAGGAUCAUGCAGCCAAGAGUGGCCAUGCCUCCACCAGCUUCCAGGAUGUCUGCUGGUAUACAUCCAUCUUCACAGUCAGGGAGGAUGCCUAGUGGGGGUCAAACCAUGAGGAUGCCAACUGGUGCGGGCCAACCCAUGAAGACACCCCCAGGUGGGGGGCAAGCUAUGAGGAUGCCCCUUGGUGGACAGCCAAUCAGACUACCACCUGGUGGUGGUGGGUCAUAUCCAAUGAGGAUGCCACCUCCUCCACCACUGAUUCCACUAGGCAACUCGCAAACAGCAAAAGCAAGCCUGGGAAGUGGCUCUAUAAGUGAUAGAUUUCCAUCUCCAGAGCCAGUGCGAAAGAGUCCAGAUUCUCUCUCUCCGCAUUCCUUUGGAUCUUUUAGAAUGUCCCCAAGAAUACAAAAUCCACUUUUGACCAGAAUGCAAGCAACUGGACAGAAUUAUCAAACAAUGAAAUUGAGGACUGUCCCAAUGGAAACCUCACAAAAUGAACCACUUAAUCUUAAGUCUUCCCUUGGUGAGGGUCCAUUGGAUCUUUCUGUCAAGAAGCGCAAGGCACCAGAUGAAAAUGACAGCCCUUCCAAAGGAUCUGAAGUGCCUCUGGAUUUAUCCAGUAAGAAAGCAAGAACAGAGGGUGACCCUACCUCACCAGUGAUUAUUCCCAAAUCUGAGCCUAGGUCCCCAUCCCCCUGCCACACCCCCUCUUCACUAAGGGGGUUGCCUUCAAUGAGAACCCCACCUGGACACUCCCCUAGCCCAGGGGCCAGUUGGCCCAUGGUGCCUGGAAUGUCCCAAGGACCUCGUAUGGUGAGUCCAGGGAUAAUGUCAAGACCAAGCUCACACAAUACACCAUCUCCUGGGCAUGCACCCAUAGGAAUCAGGGCACCAUCUCCUAUGGGGACUCCAGGUGUGAAUCCCAGGUUACCACACCAGCCACCCCCAGCUCUCCUUUAUCAACCAUCAGGUGCAACAGCAAGGCAAAAUCCUACACCCCCUGCCCAAGGAAGGGAGAACCCCUCACCUCAAUCAGCUGCUUCAGGAAAUAAUGGCAAUAAUCCACGGAUGUGUGUCCCAGCACAGAUGUUAAUUGGUAACCAUUCACCAAAGGACAUUUUGUACAUGCUGUGCCGCAUGUGUGGAAGCACCUAUGGAAGUGUGUAUGGCUUUAGGCGCCAUUUUCGCAAUCAGCAUGGAUUUGAGCCAUCCCCAGACCAUGUGUUCAUACAGAGUAUCUCACAGACUAAAGAAUAUAUACAUCGCCAGGCUGCAGGAGAGGGUUUAUUGUCUCUAUCCCAGGCUGGGCCCCCACAAAAUCAGAUGCCUGUUCCCAUGACACCACCACCACUGCCACCUGGGGAACAGAUUCCGCAGCCUGUGCAAGCAGCACAAAUUCCACCACGACUGCCAGAAUUACAGAGAUUGCAUAGUUCUACUUCUCCGGGCAGUGGGUCUGAUAGUGACAAAAGUGCCCCCCCUGGUGAUAAUGUUGUAUUGAAUUGUCAGGAUUGUGGGGAAGAUUUCCCUCCUCAAGAGUGGCAGCAUUUUAAACGGCACAUUCGUUCACACUUUGGUGAGCGCAAGCACAAAUGUACAUACUGUGACUACUCUACAGAUUACAUGCACCACUUGCAGGAUCAUAUCAACAAACAUACCAACAAUCGUCCCCAUGUAUGUAAAAUAUGUAAUAUAGCUUAUGCAAAUGCAGGAACUCUCAGUCGGCAUGUACGUACGGCACAUGCAGGAGAAGAUGGAAGCAGGCUCCACUACUGCCAUCUGUGUGGGAAAAGCUACAGAUUCUUUAAGGACUAUAAAGAACACAUAGAGCAUCAUAAACAAGGCCUUAUUCCUCUUCAACUGAAGUCAUCUCUUCCUGGAUCUUCCUCAGUUUCUACCCCAUCUCCUGAAUCAGGGGAAGGGGUUCCCCAACAUCCACAUCAUGGGGGUCCCUCGAGUCCCGAUUCAGACAUGGCCUCCCUAAAUGCAUCUGAUAUCCAGGAAAAGUUCAAGAAUGAUGUGUUGGUUAUUCUCUCAGAAGAUGAAAAGUCCGAUUCUCAGUCUGUUGAUAAUCAUGUGAACAAUAAUGAAACUGAUGAUGUCUCACAAUCUUCAGAAAGUUCACCAAAACAUGUGAAGACUGGUGAUGUAAUUCGAAAAAUGGUAGAGAUGGAGGUGACCAAGUCAGUAGACAAUGGCCAGGUUGAGAACUCUGGUUUGCCCUCUGUCAAACAUGAAACAAACACUGACUCUGUGUCAACUGCUUCUCGGGUCAACUUUGCUAGGGAUGCUGACACCAAAAUUUCAAGGAAACUGAGAGCCACAGAAUUAAUUGGCCAGAUCAUAACGAGAGAAUUGAGAAAAGCUGAGCCUGAAUCAAGUUCUACUUCUGUGCUGACUUCCUGUGAUGGUCAGUUGAAAAAUGAAAAAGUUAUUCAGUCUGUUGGAGAAAGUACUUUCUGCAGGCAAGAGGCUACAGAAGCCAGUGACCUUGUUCACAACAGCAGCUGCCUAGAAAGCACCUCCCUCAAAGUAGACCCUUCCCCUGAGGACAAAGUCCAGAUUCAAGAGGCUGAUAACUCUAAUGGCAAUGAGGUUAAUACGGAUAAGAAUCGGAAACAUUCAAACCUAGACAAGUUGUCCAAAAUGAUAGACACUCUGGAGGAUAAGGAUAAUAGUCCAGAGAGAAAGAACAAUGAUUCUAGUGUUGAAUCCCCAGUUAAAAAAGACACAAGAUCACAAAGCAAAGACAAGAAUAAAUCUGAUCAUUUUUUAGCGAGCAGCCCAGAGUUCAACCAGAAGACCAGUGCAUCCUGUUCUGAUAUAGAGGGGAUUGGAAGUGCUGUGGAUGUUAACCAACAUGUGGUGGGCUCUGGGCGGGCCGAGAAUUUAGGUUCUGUACUGAGCAGGCCUGGUGAUCAAGAACUAGGAGAUUAUAGAGACAGUAGAGAGUUUGAAGUAAGAAAAAAUGAAUGUAUUGCUGGGCUUGAUAAAACGCAAGGAUUAGGAAGUUGUAGUGUAAAUGUAGAUUUAGAGGCAAGAGACUCAGUGUUUGUGAACACACUGUCUGAAAAAGCAGCUCAAUGUGUAUCACAAAAAACUACAGGUUUUCUUACAAAAGAUGUUAAUCCUAAAACACCAGACUAUGUUGAAAUUAAAACCAGUGAAUCUCGUGCAAAUGCUUAUCAUGAGCAUGCAAGUCUAAAUAAACCAGUGUGUCAAGAAGGCUCCAGAGAUACUGAAAUCCUUUCAGAAACCAAAAACCUCAGUAAGAGCAUGCCGAAAGGCCAUUCAAUAGAGAAACAAUGUGAUCUGCCUAACAAAGAUUUCAUUGAGAGUACACUGUCAUCAGAGAUAGAUCCUAUAGAACCUCCAAGUUCUCAACAAAAUGUUCAGAAUGAAUACCAUACUGGCAGUAACAAGAGAAUUGAAAGUGAUAGUAAACUACAGGAAGAGUCAUAUUUUGAGAUGUCUUGGGAUAUCUUUCCUGCAAGUGAUGAUAAACAACAACAAAAAGCUCAGGAAAGUGAUAAUUUAGAAAACUAUAUCUCUUCAGAUUCAUGUAAUACCUCUUCACUUCUUGCAGAUAAUUCUGUGGAAUCAAAUUUGUUGACACCUGAAGUCCAUGAUGAGCAUCAACAAGUUCCCAGUUUAGCUGUAUCUGAAGUUCCUCAAAAUAACCCACCCACACUACAGGAGAAUGUAGCUUCUCAAAAGUUCAAUGAACAGCACCAAGACGUAAAUGACAGUGAUAUUAGCACACACAUCAAAAAAACAGAGCAAAAGUCAAAUACAGUAAACAGAAGUUGUUUAAUGAAAAACAUCAAUGACAAUCAACUGAAUAGCUUUCCUACAGAAAAUGAUUCGCCUUUUAUGUUUAACAUUGAAAGUUCCAGCCAAGACUCACAUUUGCAAGGUCCAAGCUCAGGGGAAGUUGAAAAAUGCAAAGCGAUGGACACCAAAAGUUCAAGGAGACUCAGAGCUGCAGAAUUAAUUGGCCAGAUUAUAACGAGAGAAUUUAGAAAAACAGAGACUGAAUCAAAUUCGACUGAUGUGCCAACUCCCUGUGAUGGUCAGUUGAAAAGAGAGAAAGUCACUGUGGUAGAUGGCUCUGAAAAAAGCGUAAACCUGUCUGACAUUCAGAGGCAAGGUAGUCCAGUUACAAAUGACAGUGACUUCCUUAUCAUCAAAGAUGUUUCAGAGAAAAUGCCUGCAAAACCAAAUGGUAAAGAGUAUUGUACUGAAAGUGAUUAUGCAUUAGAAACCGCAAAAGGCAUUACAAACUUGACUGGCUUAAAAGGAUAUUCAGAAAGUGUUAAAACUGAAAAAAUUCAUGACAAAGGUGAAAAUAUGCCUGACAGUGAUAUUAUCUUAACUGAAAGCCAUAUCAGCUGUGAAAAUUAUGAAAAUGCAAACAUUUCAGAGACCCCUGCCAAUAGACCAGUAAGUCAAAACCCCAACAAAGAGAAGUUCACAAAGAAUACCGAAGCUGAGGCAGCCCUAACUGAAGUUGAGCAGGUACCCACAGAAGUAGAGUCAAAUGAAGAUGUUGCCAUGGACACUGAAGAUAGAGUCCAUGCAGGAGAAAGUCAUGUUGUAUAUACUGACAGAAAAUGUGUUCAAGAGAUUGGAGAAUGUGCAUCCGACUCUUGUGGAUUAGCUGAUGCCAUAUCAAAGUUUUCUAGUUUGAACAGGCCAGCACUACAGGCAUAUUCGAAAUUACCCAGUGACAAGGAAACACAGAUACAUGAAGAAGAAAAAGUAGAUGAAAAAAUGGCGGAUAAAACUGUCAAGACAGAAACAGGUGGUCCAAGAUCUGCAAGUGAUGUCAAGACCUUUUUGGAAAGUGAAACUGAAUGUGAUAAUAGCACCAACAAUGAUAACCUUACAUUAGACAGCAAAGGCUCUACAGCAGAUGUGUAUUGUGAUGAAAAUGAAGUAGAUCCUGACAUUUAUAUCCCCAAAACAGCAAAUAAUGAUGAUGUGGAAAUUUGUGAUAAGGCGUCAAUUUCAGCCAUUGGUUCUGCAAUGAAUUCCCCACCCACUGCCGGCCAAACAUCAACAGCAGCUAAUAUCACAGCCCAUGAGGUAAAAGAGGCAAUGCUUGACAAAAACCCAAAAAGCCCUGUAAAUGAGCCAUCAAUUAUGGAUGUUAAUGAUGCUGGUUUGAAAGAAGUACCAUCCAUAGCAGUUUCUUCUCUGGCAGUGGCAAAUGCCACACAAGUACAGGAAGCAGAAACAACACCAGACAGUUGUAUUGUAAAGGGGUCAGAGGAAGGGGCCUUUGAUGGCAUGCCAGUUGCAAAUGUCACAGAACAUGUCAAGAAUACAGUUAUUGACAGUAAACUGCAAAUUGAAAAAGAUUCGGAGCACAACUACUCACUUGAGCCGACAGCAUGUUCUACUGAAAUUCAUGGACAUUUGGGUGUCAGCAGAAAUGUAGAACAAAAGGUUACAAAUGAACAGAAAAGUAUUUUAUCUGAAGAGUCUCAUGAAUUGCAAGAAUACCAUGAUACAAAGUACAUGAUGUCAAAUGGCUGUACUAAUCCCUCAGAAAUGGUAUAUGAAGACGAAAAAUGUGACCAACAGCUUAUAUUUUCAGAAUCACAGUGUACAGUUGCCAAAAAGUCCAAACCAUUGGAAAAUGCAUCUUUACAAGGAGGAAAAAGAUAUCCAGAAGAAAAUUCAGAAACUGCAAACCACAGCAAUGCUACAAAAGAUUUUGAAUGCAAGGAUCUAGGUCAAGAAUCAGUCUAUCAUGCUUUCGAAUCAGAAACACAGGAUAUGUCAACAACCAUUGGACAACCAAGGAGCUCUGUUGGAAUUCAAAGUGGCUAUGAAAAUGCUAGUGCUAUCUAUUGUACUGAAAUUAAUGAACCAGAAUCAAAAACAAAGCUCACUGAAGAUGCAGAUAGACCUCUGGACACAGAAACAUCAGCAAAGCUAUCAACCACAGUAGAUGUUAGUGAUAUAGGCUCUGUUCAUAGUAACUUGACACCUACUAGUUAUGAUGAAACACAUAAAUUUGAAGAGUCUACAGAAUUGAAUAUGGGGGAAGAAUCUGAGCAUUUUAUUGCUUUGGGAUCAUCUGCAGCCUCUUCAGGUGGUGUAGAACCAUCAGACUUUGUUAACAAUUAUUUGAAGUUUCAAGAAUGCUUAGAUACAGGAAUCCAGAAUUGUGAAACACAUGCAGUUAAGCAGUUAUCCCAAGAUACAGCUGUACAAAGUGUGGAAUCAAGUUCUCAUAGUGAUGUUCUACAGACUUGUUCAGAUUUAACAAGCACUUGUCAAGGUGAUAACAUCACUGAACAGAAACGGGAAUUUCAACCAUGUCUUAGUCUGAAAGCCAAAGUGGAUUUCAAGAAAGAAACGUUUUCUUAGAAGAUGAUAAUGUUGCCAAUUCCAAA